AUGAUGUCCUACAUUAAGCAACCCCAUUACACCGUGAACGGGUUAACUCUGUCAGGCCCGGGCAUGGAUCUGCUGCACACUACCGCCGUUGGAUACCCAAGUAAGUACCAUACUUGGCACACAGGUACCCCACGUAAGCAGCGUCGUGAGCGCACCACCUUUACGCGCGCGCAGCUGGACAUCCUGGAGGCUUUGUUUGCCAAAACACGUUACCCAGACAUCUUCAUGAGGGAGGAGGUGGCUCUGAAGAUCAACUUGCCCGAGUCCAGAGUUCAGGUAUGGUUCAAGAAUCGUCGUGCCAAGUGUCGGCAACAGCAGCAGCAGAGCACAGGCCAGUCCAAACCGCGACCCCCUAAAAAGAAGGCCUCCCCGGUUCGCGACACCAGUAAUGAGGCCAGCGCCAACCCGGCCAAUGGCCCAUACAGCCCACCGCCCCCUCCCCCGGGCACCGCCAUAACCCCCAGUUCCAGCUCUGCCAGCGCCACAGUGUCCAUUUGGAGCCCGGCUUCCAUCUCCCCCCUGCCCGAUCCACUGUCUGCCUCCACCACCCCCUGCAUGCAGCGUACCACUGCCUACCCCAUGACCUACACCCAAGCCCCAGCCUACAGCCAGAGUUACGCAGGCUCCUCCUCUUACUUCACCGGCCUGGACUGCAGUUCCUACCUGUCACCAAUGCAUCCGCAACUGUCGGGCACAGGAGGCGCUCUGAGCCCCAUCACCGCUUCUUCCAUGGGCGGCCCUCUCAGCCAGUCCCCCGCCUCACUCUCCUCUCAAGGCUACACGGCCGCUUCGCUGGGCUUCGGCGCUGUCGACUGUCUGGACUACAAGGACCAAGCUGCCUGGAAGCUCAAUUUCAAUGCCACUGACUGUCUGGACUACAAGGACCAGAACUCCUGGAAGUUCCAGGUCUUGUAA